ACGGGCGAAGGUGGCUAUUCUUAUUCUCUCCGGGGAGGAUUGCUCAUCUCCAGUUCGGGGUAUCCCCCUCGGAGUCUCCCCAGGUUCAUAUCUCCGAAUCUUCUAUUUCGCGAAAUGUCCCCCACGAUUCCGAGCUACGUGAAGUGUUGGCGGUGGGACGGGCAGAUAGAUACUCGUCUAAGCCGUGCCCGUGUUCUGGCCUCGGAUACUGUGUCGGUAAUUGGAAGUCGAGUCCUAUGGCUCCGUCCGUCCGUAUUGUCCAAAGACGGUGUGUUCUUCGUCAUGACUCGUGUCAAGGAGAGGCUUAGGAGGGUGGCGAAAGGAGGCAAGAUGAGGCGGUGGGAGGGCGGUGGGAGGGCGGUGGAGGCGGCGGAGGCGGCGGGGGCGGGGUUUCCAGAGACCUAUGAUUAUUAAUGCU